AUGGCUUCUCCUCGAGAGCACUCCCAGCCAGAGCCGGUUACCCCGACUGCUGCAUCAGACUCGAAGGCCUUUGCGUACGACAGUACCACUCCGACAGAUACCCCAUCGCUUCGUUCGGAGGAGCUUGUAGUGGGUGACUAUGGCUCUGAUAGACACCAUGCCUUUUCCGACCCCAAGGUCGCGGAUUACUGGAGAGGUGUAUAUGAGAAGGCGCAGUACGAGGGUCGUCACAAUUUCGACCCUGAUCUUACCUGGUCGGCAGACGAGGAGAAGAAGUUAAGACGAAAAAUCGACCUUAGAAUUAUGACUUGGUGCUGGCUGAUGUUCAUGGCAUUGGACCUCAAUCGCCGAAACAUCAAUCGCGCAAUUUCAGACGACAUGUUGCCAGAGUUGGGGAUGACGACGAAUGACUUCAAUAACGGACAAACGAUAUUUCUGCUAUCAUUCCUGGCCGCUGAACUCCCUUCGGGUUUGCUGUCGAAGAAGCUGGGCCCGGAUCGUUUCAUCCCCUUCAUCAUAACUGCGUGGUCGAUCAUUGCAGCGUCGCAAGCUGGACUCAAGAACAAGGCCGGAUACUACGCAUGCCGUUGCCUCCUUGGAUUACUCAUGGGAGGCUUCAUUCCAGACACCGUCGUCUACAUCACAUACUGGUAUAAGUCUCGAGAGCUUCCGAUCCGCUUGUCCUGGUUCUGGACAGUUCUCAGCGUCUGUAAUAUUCUUGGAUCACUCAUGGCGGCUGGAAUCUUGCAAAUGAGAGGCCUUCAAGGCUGGUCCGGGUGGCAAUGGCUAUUCCUCAUCGAAGGCUGUCUAACAGCAUGUGUCGGAUUCGCAUCCUGGGGCCUAAUGCCGGCCAGCAUCUCACAGACCAAGGGCUGGCUCAGGGGCAAGAAUGGUUGGUUCACGGAGCGCGAGGAAAAGAUUCUCGUCAACCGCCUCCUCCGAGACGAUCCAUCCAAGGGUGAUAUGAACAACCGCCAAGCCGUUAACUUGGAGCGUCUUUGGAAGUGUCUCAAGGACUACGACCUCUGGCCACUAUAUCUGGUCGGACUGUUGACAUACAUUCCGCCUAAUCCACCCCAAAACUACCUUGCCCUCAUUUUGAGGAACAUGGGAUUCAGCACAUUCGAGGCGAACAUGCUUACAAUCCCAUCACAAUUCUUGUUUGGUGUCAAUCUUCUGAUCAUCUCCUGGGUAUCGGAAAAGUUCAACGAGCGCGCUCUCAUCUCAAGCCUUUCCAACGUAUGGAUCCUACCAUGGCUCGCUGCGAUAGUUGCUCUCGGUGGUAGUGCCAGCUCAUGGGUCCGCUAUGCCCUCCUCACUGGUCUACUCUCAUAUCCUUAUUGCCACGCCAUUUUGGUGUCUUGGAACAGCCGCAACUCCAACUCCGUUCGCACACGGGCUGUAUCAGCCGCGCUGUACAACAUGUUUGUUCAAGCCGGCAACAUUGUUGGAGCAAACAUCUAUAGAGAGGACGACAAGCCGCUGUAUACUCGCGGAAACAGGAUCCUACUGGCGAUAUGCUGCUUCAACAUUGCGCUGUUUUGGUUCGUCAAGUACUAUUACAUUACGAGGAAUAAGAGAAGGGAAGCGAAGUGGGCUGAGUUGAAUGGAGAGGAGAAGGUUGACUAUGUCAGGACGACGGAAGAUGAGGGUGCGAAGAGACUCGACUUUAGAUUUGCGCAUUAG